CCUGAGUGGCAGAAGGAUAGAGACGUCAAAAACUGCACCAAGUGCAAGAAUCCUUUCUCCCUCUUUGUCCGAAAGCAUCACUGUCGUCAUUGUGGGCAGAUUUUCUGCGAGGAAUGUUCGGCGAAGACCUGCACCAUUCCACAAUUCAACAUGAACAGUCCCGUCCGAGUUUGCGACGAUUGCUUCAUAAGUAUUUCCUCCAAGAUCUCCCGCUCGCGUUCCAUGGUGUUCUGA